UAACAUUGCUAUUGUAGGCAUUUCAUGUUCCGAUUUUUCAAGACACUUUACCAGUCAGAUGUGUAGCUUUGGUGUGAACGGACAUAGUUGUUUCUUGUGGUGAAACGUUAUUUGUAUGUGUGGCAUUUUCAAAUUUGUCGGAAAGGAUAAGUGAAGGAUAUAAAUUAGAAAAAUUUUGUGCUAACCGCACAUACUCGUAUACAAAUAUACACAACGAAGGAUACACAACAGGCAGUUCCAAAAGCGAAAGGGAAUAACAUAUCUGUGCCGAAAGACAUCAGAAAAGGCAAUUUCGGAUACCAGCAUUUAGUGGUCGAACCGAUAAUUUUCUAGUUGCUAACACCAAUCAAAACCGCCAAAAUGUUCAUCCCAGUUGCCCAAUCGGCCUUUAGGGCUUUGAGACAAUCUACGCCUCGUGUUCGAAUCUUUCUCAUCAACAAAAAUGCCUACUCUAGUCAGGUUGAAUACAAACCCAUACGCUCGGUGCUGGUCGCCAAUCGCGGUGAGAUCGCCAUCCGUGUCUUCCGUGCUUGUACAGAGCUGGGUAUAAAAUCGGUGGCCAUCUAUUCGGAACAGGACAAAAUGCAUAUGCAUCGUCAGAAAGCUGAUGAGUCGUAUAUUGUCGGCAAAGGAUUGCCCCCCGUUGAAGCCUAUCUGAACAUUCCAGAGAUUAUACGUGUGUGCAAAGAGAAUGAUGUGGAUGCUGUGCAUCCUGGUUAUGGUUUCCUCUCGGAGCGUAGCGACUUUGCGCAAGCUGUCAUUGAUGCUGGCCUCCGUUUUAUUGGGCCCACACCGAAAGUGGUACAACAGAUGGGUGAUAAGGUGGCGGCACGUAUUGCAGCCAUCGAAGCGGGUGUACCAAUUGUGCCCGGUACUGAUGGGCCCGUCACAACGAAAGAAGAGGCUGUGGAUUUCUGCAAGAAACAUGGUUUGCCAGUGAUCUUUAAGGCUGCCUAUGGUGGUGGUGGCCGUGGUAUGCGUGUCGUGCGUAAAAUGGAUGAAGUCGAAGAGAUGUUUGAACGUGCCAGUUCGGAGGCGAAGGCCGCUUUCGGCAAUGGUGCUAUGUUUAUUGAAAAGUUCAUUGAACGGCCGCGUCACAUUGAGGUACAACUGCUUGGCGACAAGGCGGGCAAUAUUGUGCAUUUGUAUGAGCGCGACUGUUCGGUGCAGCGACGUCAUCAGAAAGUAGUCGAGAUAGCACCUGCGCCGCGCCUACCGCAAGAGACGCGCGAUAAAAUGACCGAGGCAGCGGUACGUCUGGCCAAGCAUGUGGGCUACGAAAACGCCGGUACAGUCGAGUUCCUCUGCGACGAAUCGGGCAACUUCUACUUCAUCGAAGUGAAUGCCAGAUUACAAGUGGAGCACACCGUAACCGAGGAGAUUACCGGCAUCGAUUUGGUGCAAUCACAAAUUCGCGUUGCCGAAGGCAUGACUCUGCCCGAACUUGGCUACACUCAGGAUAAUAUACAACCACGCGGUUACGCCAUUCAAUGUCGCGUCACGACCGAAGAUCCAGCGAAUGACUUCCAACCCAGCACCGGUCGUCUGGAGGUAUUCCGCUCCGGUGAGGGUAUGGGUAUACGUGUCGAUAGUGCUUCUGGUUUUGCAGGUGCCAUCAUCUCGCCCUACUAUGAUUCGCUACUCGUGAAAAUUAUCUCGCAUGCGAGCGACUUACAAAGUUCGGCAGCUAAAAUGAAUCGUGCUCUUCGUGAAUUCCGUAUACGUGGUGUGAAAACGAACAUACCUUUCCUGUUGAACGUUUUGGAAAAUCAGAAAUUCUUGCAUGGUGUCUUGGACACCUACUUCAUCGAUGAACAUCCGCAACUCUUCAAAUUCCGCAUCUCUCAAAAUCGUGCACAGAAAUUGCUUAACUACAUUGGUGAAGUGCUCGUCAAUGGUCCACAAACGCCGUUGGCAACCAAUUUGAAGCCAGCAGAGGUUUCACCACAUGUACCGGAAGUACCACUAGACCUGUCUCCCGAGGCAAUUAGCCGUGAAGAGCGCGGGGAAGCCAAAGUCACCGAACCACCAAAGGGCCUCCGUCAUAUACUCAAAUCGCAGGGUCCCGAAGCAUUUGCUAAGGAAGUGCGCAGCCGUAAGAACCUCAUGCUGAUGGAUACAUCGUUCCGUGAUGCGCAUCAGUCGUUGUUGGCGACACGUGUGCGUUCCCAUGACCUGCUAAAGAUAUCACCGUAUGUUGCACACAAAUUCCAUAAUCUCUAUUCACUGGAGAAUUGGGGUGGCGCCACUUUCGAUGUUGCAUUGCGUUUCCUACACGAAUGUCCUUGGGAACGUUUGGAAGAAAUGCGUAAGCGUAUACCAAAUAUUCCAUUCCAGAUGUUGUUGCGUGGUGCGAAUGCUGUCGGCUACACAAGUUAUCCAGACAAUGUGGUUUAUAAGUUCUGUGAACUGGCGGUCCAAACCGGCAUGGAUAUUUUCCGCGUUUUCGAUUCCUUGAACUAUUUGCCCAAUUUGAUUCUGGGUAUGGAAGCUGCUGGCAAAGCUGGUGGUGUCGUUGAGGCGGCUAUUUCCUACACUGGCGAUGUCAGUGAUCCUACACGCACCAAGUACGAUCUGAAGUACUACACCAAUCUAGCCGAUGAGCUGGUGAAGGCAGGCACUCACGUACUUUGUAUCAAAGAUAUGGCUGGCUUGUUGAAACCACAAGCGGCUAAACUUCUUAUCACCGCCAUUCGCGAUAAGCAUCCCGACAUACCUAUUCACAUUCAUACGCACGACACCUCAGGCGCCGGUGUUGCUUCCAUGCUCGCCUGUGCGGAAGCUGGUGCCGAUGUUGUGGACACAGCUGUCGAUUCUAUGGCCGGCAUGACCUCACAGCCCAGUAUGGGCGCUGUGGUUGCUUCAUUACAAGGCACACCGCUCGAUACACAAUUUGAAUUGCGCGAUGUCUCAGAAUAUUCCGCUUACUGGGAGCAGACGCGUACGCUAUAUGCGCCAUUCGAAUGCACCACCACCAUGAAAUCAGGCAACGCUGAUGUGUAUCUGAACGAAAUACCCGGCGGUCAAUAUACCAAUUUGCAAUUCCAAGCAUUCUCGCUGGGUUUGGGCGAUUUCUUUGAAGAUGUAAAGAAGGCUUACCGUGAGGCAAACUUGUUGUUGGGUGACAUUAUUAAGGUGACACCAUCGUCCAAGGUUGUUGGUGAUUUAGCACAAUUUAUGGUCCAAAAUAAAUUGAAUGCUGAGCAAGUGCUUGAUAAGGCUGAGGAAUUGUCAUUCCCCAAGUCGGUGGUGGAAUUCCUACAGGGCUCAAUCGGUAUACCGCAUGGUGGUUUUCCUGAACCAUUACGUUCACGUGUACUCAAGGAUAUGCCUCGGGUUGAAGGACGUCCUGGCGCCAAUUUGCCAGCGCUGGACUUUGAUAAGCUUAAAAAUGAUCUGAAAGAAUCUCAUCCACAUAUUAGUGAUCGCGAUGUUAUGUCGGCGGCGCUUUAUCCCGCUGUAACUGAAGAUUUCAUCUACUUCCGUGAUAAUUACGGACCAGUCGAUAAGCUAGAUACACGUAUUUUCCUCACUGGGCCAAAAGUUGGUGAAGAAUUCGAAGUCGCCAUUGAACGUGGUAAGACAUUAAGCUUGAAGACCCUGGCAAUGGCUGAAGAUCUGACACCAAAUGGUGAACGUGAGGUGUUCUUCGAGAUGAACGGACAAUUGCGCUCCGUGUUAAUACGCGACAAGGAAGCGGUGAAGGAACUUCAUAUCCAUCCUAAGGCGAACAAGUCAAACAAAAACGAAGUGGGUGCACCAAUGCCCGGCACAGUGAUUGAUAUUCGUGUAAAGGAGGGCGAUACAGUUGAAAAAGGUCAACCAUUGGUUGUGCUCUCGGCCAUGAAAAUGGAAAUGAUUGUACAGGCUCCAAAAGCAGGUGUGGUAAAGAAGCUGGAGAUCAUCAACGGCAUGAAAUUGGAAGGCGACGACUUGAUAAUGCAGAUCGAGUAAAAGCCUCUUUUCACAACAAACAGCUGAACUGCAUAAAUGCAAGCUCUCAAAAUUAAUGCUUAGACCGGCUUUGUACCGAAAAUUAUUUCUUUGAGAUUUGGUUGGUCACAAAGCAUAAAGUAUGAAAAUAAAUACAUAAAGUAAAAAAUUAGCUUAAAAAUAUAUAUGUAAAUGUGAGUGUAUAAAAUCCAAAAUGUACCAAAUAGUGAUGAUAUUUGUAGUAAAUUAAGAAUGGAAGUUAUACAUUCAUGUGAACAUUCAAAAUGCAUAACGAAGAUACUUACAUAUAUAUAUACACAUAUGAACUUAUAAAUAUGUACAAUAUUUACAAACUUACUACAUAUGCGGCCAAAAUGAAAUGUCUCAGAGGAUUAACUUGGCUGUUCGCUAUACAAAAACUGACAUUGUCAAUUUAAAUAGAAAAUAUAAUGUGCACAUAGAUAUGUAUGCAAGCAUACUCGUACAAAACAUACUUAAGAACAUUUGACACUCAUUCGACACUCCAUUUUAGAGUUGGAACUUUUGUACCUUCAUAGUGAAUUUAUAUGUACAUAUGUAUAGCGGAAAAAAUUAAUAUUGUUAUUACUACUAUCGAAGAGAGAGUGUACAAAUUGUUGUCACAGCAACGAGCACACAUCCUAACAGACGCUUUUUUGUUUUUGCUUUUUGUUCUUUUUUUAAAUACGAAACAACUUUUUACGCACAACCCACUGACAUGUCAACCCACUGCGCAGUUCUCUUAGGGUUCAAAUGUGUUGGUGUUUUUGCGCUCAGUUAAGUCAAAGCGCAUACAAAUAAGUAUCUACACUCGUAUAUGGAUUUAAAAACACAAGAACAUGUGAAUCUUCGUACAUUUGAAUGAAAAACCCCAAAUAUACAUACAUAUAUUUUAUAAGUGUUAUAACGGUUUCCUUACUUUUUUUAUAUACAUACGUAGUAUGUGUUAAGUUUAGAAUUAUAGUAGUGAGCGACAUAUUUUUAUAUAAAAACUCUUUUGUUUAUUUAAUUGCUUUUUAUACCCUUUCGAUUAAGUUUCCUUUAAAACGAGUUAAAUUAUGUAAUGACUUAUGAGAGAACAAAAGUGUUUAUUUAAAUGGAGCAUUCUUCCUGUAAUGUAUAAAAUGUGUAUGUUGGCAAGUUAAUAAAGAAAUGUUUAAUAAACUUUAAAAA